AUGCGUUUUAUUAACCUUUUUAAAAGUUUAAUACCAACGCAAGUGCAACUCGUGCGUUUUAGUUCAGAAUACGUGCCGAAACCGCUUCGGAGUUUGAAGGGAAAGUCUACUAGAAACACAGUACAGUAUUAUGUGGACUCCUUCAGGGUACGCGCUGUGGGCGGGUCGGGAGGUGAUGGCUGUAUAUCAUUUCUGAGCGCCUGGUGUAAAGAUCACGCCGGACCUGAUGGCGGGGACGGUGGGAACGGUGGACAUGUAAUUUUUCAGGCAGAUCAUUCCACAAAGAGUUUGAACAACUGCAAGUCUGUGGUGCAAGCCAAGCACGGAGAGAAGGGCUACAACAAAGAUUGCAACGGCAAAAAUGCUCAGCAUGUCAUUGUAUAUGUGCCAAUAGGUACAAUUAUAAAAGAUGAACAUGGCAAAGUGAUAGGUGACUUGAAUGCUGACGGUAUGAUGUUCAUAGCGGCGAGAGGUGGUGCCGGAGGGAGGGGGAACAAGUUCUUCCUCACUGAUACGGAGCAGGCUCCAGACAUAGCAGAACUAGGCGCUAAUGGCGAAGUUAACUAUUACAUGUUAGAAGUUCGCUCCAUGGCCCACAUUGGCCUUAUCGGUUUGCCCAACGCUGGGAAAAGCACCUUGUUACGUGCGCUCACUAGGGCAAGGCCCACGGUCGCGCCCUACCCUUUCACUACACUCAAACCUCAUAUUGGUAUGGUGCCUUACGACGACUACGAACAAGUAGCCAUAGCUGACCUCCCGGGUUUGAUACCCGGCUCGCACAAAAAUUAUGGAUUAGGUAUCCAGUUCCUCCAGCACGCAGAACGAUGCAAAGGUCUGAUAUACUUGCUGGAUUCAACCCAAGACCCCUUAGGACAGCUGGACAUCUUGAAAUAUGAAUUAAAACAAUACAAUAGUUCUUUUAUGGAGAGAAAGUUUUGUGUGGUAUUUAAUAAAAUAGACAUACCACAAGGUAAAGCGGUGUAUGAAAGGGUUAAAAAAGAGAUGGAUGUGAUAGGUGUAUCGGCGAAAACUGGAUUGAAUUUGUCUGAGUUGUUGAGGGUAGUUCGAGAUAUGUAUGAUGGGGAUGAAAGGUGA